AUCUUCAUGAUGAGCAGUAACUACAGUGGCUCCGUGCUAUUUUCAGACGUUUUCAUGCGAAUUCACUUUACAUGUAUCUAUCCUCUCACUGCGCAGGAAGACCGAAGGUCUCCGGCGUACCCCGCAUGGUAGCACCGACCCCACGAAUUGUCGUGUGUGUGGGGAAAAGAAGCUCAGACGUCCGUAACAUCAUCAUAACCGGACCUCCCACUUCCUUUUUGUCCACUCAUGUCGUCAGAGAAAUAUUCGUCCUCGUCGCCUACCAAGACCUCUCUUGAAAAGGGUGGAGAGAAAUGCGAGCUCGUCGAAACCUCCAAAGACAGCGCAACUCAGGUGAUCGACAAUUUCGGUGGCGAGGCUACGCUGCCGCCGCCUCCGGCAUUGACAGAAGCGCAAGAGAAGAAGCUCUGGCGGAAGAUUGAUUUGAGGCUCAUGCCGAUUUUGAGUCUGAUGUAUCUUUUCUCGUUCUUGGAUAGAGGAAAUAUUGGAAACGCCAAACUCCAAGGACUUACGACACAGUUACAUUUGGAUAGCAACAAGUAUAACAUAGCGCUGACAAUGUACUUUGUACCAUACUGCAUUUUCGAGUGUCCUGCGAAUCUGGUUUUGAAGAAGUUUCGCCCUUCUCGAUGGCUCCCGGGCAUUACCGUCACCUGGGGCAUUAUCAUGACAUUGAUGGGUCUUGUGAAAAAUUAUCCCCAGCUUGUUGGCGUCCGCGUAUGUCUUGGCGUUGCGGAAGCCGGAUUGUUUCCCGGUGUUGUAUACUAUUUGACCCUCUGGUACCCUCGUCACCAACUUCAACUCCGCAUUGGGUACUUCUUUGGUGCUGCCUCAUUAGCCGGGGCCUUCUCCGGAUUGUUGGCCUUUGCUAUCAGUUUCAUGAGUGGUACUCGUGGAUUACUUGGCUGGUCUUGGAUCUUCAUCAUUGAAGGGAGUGCUACUGUAGUGGUUGGGUUGUUGUCUUUCUUCAUCCUGGUAGAUUUCCCUGCCACGGCCAAGUUCCUCACGCCAGAAGAGCGCGCGUUUGUUGUUUGGAAGAAGAAGUACGACAAUUCAUCCGUGGGGGAAGAGGAACAUUUUUCUAUCCAGCACCUCAUUCAGGUCCUCACAGACUGGCAGGUCUUUCUCCACAUUCUCAUUUACAUGUCCGUCAUCGGCCCAUUAUAUGGCAUAACCUUGUUCCUUCCAACAAUCAUCAACACAUUCGGCCACACUCCAGCUAUCAGUCAGCUCCUUACUGUGCCGCCUUACAUAUUCGCUACCAUUGUCUUGUACUUGUUCGCUAGAUACUCCGACAGACUCAAAAUGCGUUCUCCGUUUAUCUAUCUCGGGCUGGGGAUGCUCCUUGUGGGAUUCGCUAUUAACAUAUCAGAUGUGGCUACAGGGGUGAAGUAUUUCGGGACGUUCUUUUGUGUCGCUGGAAGCUAUGCCUCGUUCCCAGGAGUUGUGGCUUGGCUUGGGAACAACCUCGCGGGUCAGUAUAAGCGCGGUGUGGGUAUGGCCACCCAGAUUGGUAUUGGCAACUUCGCAGGCGCCAUCGCGUCGAAUAUAUACAGGACGCAAGAUUCACCGAGAUUUAUUUUGGGGCACGGCCUGGAAUUGAUGUUUGUGGGUAUAGGGCUCGUCUGUGUACCGGUGGCGGUGAUCAGCUAUACAAGGAUUAAUGCGAACCGGGAGAAGGAGAUGCAGAAGGGAAUGAACUAUUCUCGUGAAGAAUUGAAGAAGAUGGGAGAUAGAGCUCCUGAUUUUAGGUACAUGAUGUAGACGUAGUGGUGAUGGCGAUAUUCGGACUUUUGUUCAACUCAAUUGUCUGAUCUGUCUUUUCAUUAUCUCCAUCUAGUACACAGCGACAACGACGAUAGGCGAGAUACAUUAUCCUGAGUUCAUACGCUGGCUAGGAUUGUGUGGAAAACUCAAAUUGGUUUUUCACAGAAAGUUACCAGGCCGGGAAUCGGGGUCCAAAGGGUUAGGUUAAUUACUGAAUUAAGAGUUCGACUGUAGACGGCUCAGAGCAGGGGAUAUAGCAAGGAACGGCCUGAAGUAGAAAGCAAAAAUGUUCUGAGGCCGCUGGCUAGGAUAGACGGUGGUAUUGAAAGGGUAUGAGCUACUAGGGACCAUAUCAUAUGACUCAGAUUAUCAUCAUAAGCUAAC